AUGGACAAACCUCGGAUGGAGACAGUCUCGUGCCCGACGCAGUUUUGGCGAAUGUGUUUACCGCAGAGACAGUGGAACCAACAUCAUCGCUCUUUGAAGGCUACGCAACAGCGCAUAACGACUCUGAUGAACCAGUAUUCGAACACGUCCAUGUGCCGCCACCCGCUACCGACGAACCAGUUCACUCGUGGCAGUUCUCUGAGAAAGCUCUUCGUUAUUUCAACCACUGCAAGACCAGCCCCCCCCCCCCCCCCCCCCCCCCAUGUCAUUCCUACAGGCGACGACCCUUUGUGGGAAUCUUCGGAUGACUUCCUGCUCUUAAAGCUGUGGCCACACCUCGAUCCAUUUGGUCUCGUCGGUGUCUGUGUCGAGCGCGACGUCAAGAUUUCUCUGGAGGAGCAAGUCAAACAUUGGCUCAAUCUAUACGACAGCGAUUUUCGGUGCGACCCGUCUUUCCCGUUCAUCAUCUCGAACAUUCUCCGCCGACGAGACGUGUUUCGCCACCUCGCUUUUCGGGUCCCCAAAGAGAAGGUGGCUCGAAUCGCAGCAGCACUGCUCGAAAUUUACCGCAUAUCGACCGUAUUCUGGCGUUUCGUCCAAGCACGCACGUACUUCAACCAGGCGAGGCAGGCCCAAAACGCUCGCUUUCAGUUCGUGCCGCAUCGGAUCCGGGUACAUGCCAGGAACAAGCCCCUCUUCAUGCAAGUCACGCGUACAAUCAACUAAAUUCCUGUAUGGGUAAGCUGAUCUGACAAUUCUACGGCAUCGUCAUCAUUACAGCCUUGUCUCCCUCUUCUCACCGACCGUCCAGCGUCGCCCAAGCAAAAGCUAUCACCGGUCAAGAGGUCCAUUACCGUGGCAUUGACCUUGCCCCUUCCAAAAAAAAACGUAAGUCGCUCCCUGAAGUCCCGAUCUCUCAACGUCAACUGAAACCACUUCUUAUAGCCAAGUUCGGUGAAAGGGCGAUGUGGGUCCCCGGCGCUGACGACCACAUGCAUACACAAAGUUGGAGUCGGACCAGACACGGACUGUGGCAUGGGCGAUGUCGAGUGA